GAGAGGAGAGGAGAGGAGAGAGGAGAGAGGAGCGGUGGAUGCCCGGUACCGACGGUACCUGCCUGCGGGACUCACCGGUCCUCCAAAGGGGGGGUGGAGGGGUUACACCUGCACCCCGUUUUUCACCCAUUCACCCUCUCACUCCCGUGCGAGUUGCAGCGGGGGGUGCAUGACGUCACCUGGAUGACCGUGCAUGCAGGACGGGAGGAUGCUGCGGGGCUGCGGGGCUUAGAGGAGGAGAGCGCGCUCCCGCGGGCGCGCCGGUUCUGAUGGCUCCGCGCGCCCACGGCCACGCCAGGUACCCGGCCAGUGAACCCGCGGUGCAACGGUGCGGCUGUGGUGCAGCGGGAAGGGGGGGAACAUGGCCGCGCAGUCGGACGGCGGCGGCGGCGGGGCCGGGGUGGGGUUCGCGCAUCUGUACGAGGCCGAGGGCGAGGAGCCGCUGGACUCCGCUGCCAUCCACAUCUGCCAGUGCUGCCGCAGCUCCGCCUGCUACUGGGGCUGCCGCUCCGCCUGCCUGGGGACCGUGCAGCAGCCCGGGGCGGCCGGGGUGCGGGAGACGCACUGCCCGCCCCGCGAGCAGCUGUGGCUGGACUGCCUCUGGAUCAUCCUCGCCCUGCUCGUCUUCUUCUGGGACGUGGGCACCGACCUGUGCCUGGCGCUGGACUACUACCGCCGCCGGGACUUCCUCUGGUUCGGCCUCACGCUGUUCUUCGUGCUGGUUCCGUCCGUGCUGGUGCAGAUCCUGAGCUUCCGCUGGUUCGUGCAGGACUACACGGGCGGGGGGCUCGGGGAGGUGGAGGGGCUGACCAAGCGCGGGGCCGUGGCCCUGGGCUGCCUGUACCCGGGCAGGGACCGCCUGCAGCUGGCCUCCAUCUGGCUGUGGCAGGCCGUCAUUCACGUGCUGCAGCUGGGGCAGGUGUGGAGGUACAUCAGGACGCUGUACCUGGGCGUGAUGUCGCGCCGGCAGAAGGACCACCAGCGGAGAUGGUACUGGGCCAUGAUGUUCGAGUACGCCGACGUCAACAUGCUGCGUCUGCUGGAGACCUUCCUGGAGUCGGCGCCUCAGCUGGUCCUGCAGCUCUGCAUCAUGAUCCAGGAGAACCGGGCCGAGACGCUGCAGUGCAUCUCCUCCCUGGCCUCCCUCCUCUCCCUGGCCUGGGUUCUGGCCUCGUACCACAAGCUUCUGCGAGACUCCCGGGACGACCAGCGCAGCAUGAGCUACCGCGGCGCGCUGCUGCACCUGCUCUGGCGCCUCUUCACCAUCUCGUCCCGCGUGCUCUCGCUCGCCCUCUUCGCCUCCCUGUUCCACAUCUACUUCGGCAUCUUCGUGGUGGUGCACUGGUGCGCCAUGGCCUUCUGGGUGGUGCACGGAGGCACCGACUUCUGCAUGUCCAAGUGGGAGGAGGUGCUCUUCAACAUGGUGGUGGGCAUCGUCUACAUCUUCUGCUGGUUCAACGUGAAGGAGGGCCAGACGCGCUACAGGAUGGUGGUAUACUACAUCGUGGUGCUGGCCGAGAACACCAUCCUCACCGGGCUGUGGUACGCCUACAGAGAUCCGGUGCUGACCGACUCCUACGCCGUCCCGGCGCUGUGCGGCGUCUACCUGACCUUUGCCGGCGGGGUGCUGGUCAUGCUGCUGUACUACGGCUUCCUGCACCCGGCCACGGCCCACCUGCAGCCCAGCCCCGCCUCGUCCUGCUGCGCCCAGCUGCUCUGGGGGCUCCCCCUGCCGCCCUCGGCCCCGCCCACCGCCCCGCCCACGCCGGCACACAUGACCAAGUCCCUGACGGAGGAGGAUGUGGCCGAGACGUGUCUCCCCGUCUUCCAGGUGAGGUCCGCCCCCACCACCACCUCCAAGCUCGAGGGCCCGCUCAUAAAGAUCGACAUGCCCAGGAAGCGCUACCCGGCGUGGGACGCGCACUACGUAGACAGGCGCCUGCGGAGGACUAUAAACAUCCUGCAGUACAUAACGCCAGCGGCGGUGGGAAUCCGCUACCGUGAUGGACCCUUGCUGUAUGAACUGUUGCAGUAUGAGUCCUCACUUUGACACACACACAAAUAAAUACCCAUGAGCACAUAAAGCACCAUUUACAAAGACAUGUAUGUAUCCGUCAGUGUUCAGAGUUAGAGAAGAUUUAGAAAGACAUGCACAGACAUAAAGGCACAUCUGAUAUAAGCAC